GGGCCCAGCUUCCGACGGACGGAGCUCAUGAUCACGUGGGUCUAGGGGCGAGGCCCAGCUUCUGAUUGACAGGGCCUGGGUCACGUGGUGCGGGCGGCUUACUCUCCUGCGGACGGCUGGAUCGGUUGCCGUUCGGUCAUUACAAGGGCGGAGAUGAUGGCGCGUCUGCUGCUGUUCCGGAGUCAGUUCGUCGUCGCUCGGCAGUUGCGGGCUUACAACGACGGUAGCCAGCUGGGAGAGCUCGGCAAGGGCGCUGGAAAAGGAGGUGGUGGUGGAGGUAGCAUAAGAGAAGCUGGGGGUGCAUUCGGCAAAAGGGAGGCAGCAAUAGAGGAAAAAUACUUCAGGGAAAAGGAAAUGGAACAGAUUGAAAAUCUGAGGAAACAUCAUCAAGAGGAGAUUAACCAUCAUGAGCAGGAAAUACAGCGUUUACAGAAUGAGAUUAAACGCCACAAGCAUCAGAUCAAGAAGCUGAAGCAUGAUGGCUAUGACAGUGACUAGAUUUCUAAUGUUUCUGUGUUGCUUAGAUUAUCUCAAUCAUAGCAUUAAUGGUGGACUCAUAAUUGUGCUUGAAUGUAAAUUGUUAAAUAAAAAUACACUGUUCACUA